UUCACUCAGCCAGUUGAUGAGAAAGAGGUGCCAGGCUACCGUACGGUGAUACAGCAGCCAAUGGACCUCGGGACCAUGAAGGACAAGGUGGACCAGGGACUGUACACAGCCAUUGGUCAAUUCAGGGAAGACUUCAAUCUGGUCACAGGUAAUGCCAAGCGAUUCAAUCCACCAGAUUCAAUAUUCCAUCAACAGGCCGUCAAGCUGGAG